AUGUGGGGCGCAGUGGCAAAGAGUUUAGACGACCAAGAGUUCUGCUCCGGCGAGAUGGGGCCUCACCUGCAGUGGUGGUAUACAGGACUGAAAAAGAACCCCGGCUAUUCACGGAUGCCAGUUUACCGCGUGAGGUGGAAAACUUUGUUGUACGUCGAUGUUGGAGUUUCAAACGCUCAGCCUUUUCCGAAGCUUUGUGCGCGGUCCUCGUCUAACGCUUGUGAUAUUGAGAAAAAAUUAGAAGAUGUCCCUGGUCCAAAACCGACUCUCCCUUUCAUUGGCACCAAUUGGCAAUAUUGGCCGCUUCUCGGAUCUUACUCAAAGGAUCAGUUACAUCUUGCCUACCUCGACCAGUAUAAAAAGUAUGGCGUGAUUCAUGCCGAAGAAUUCCAGUGGAGCCGUCCAUUUCUCAAAGUCUGUCACCCCGAGGAUUUCGAAGCCGUUCUUCGCCGACAAGGUAAAUAUCCCCGGCGACCAAUUAAUGCGGCUGUGAAGCAUUACCGAUUGUCGCAUCCGGAACGUUACAAGUCUCCAGGUCUGGUGGAAUCGGACGGCGAAGAAUGGUACUCUCUACGGAGUAAGCUUACUCCUGUCCUGAUGAAACCGCAAACAAUCCAGAAGUAUAUUUCUCAACAGCAUUCGCUUGCCGAAUACUUGGUCGAAUGUAUCAAGAGUUCCCGCGAUGUGACUAAUGCCGUCCCGAAACUCGAUGAUCUGCUCUUCCGUUACGCCCUCGAAUCUGUGUGUUUGCUUUGCUUGAACAAAAUGACGGGAUGUUUAAAUCCAAAUGGAGAACUGUCACCAGACGCGGAAAUUCUGAUAACGACGGUUCACAAAUUAUGGAAAUCGUUUCAAGAGGUUUAUUUCGGCCCUCCCUUGUGGAAAUAUUUUCCUACUCUUGGGUACAAACGUUAUGCUGAAGCGGAGGAUGUUAUUUACAGAAUCACGAGUGCUAUGAUCGACGACGUAGAGAGGGGAAUGGAAAACCGAGAUGACUCCGUAACUGGGCUAAUAUCUGAUGCUCUUUUGAGCGUGAAAGAUUUGGAUAGAAGGGAUGUUCGCACCACCAUGAUUGACUUCAUCGCUGCUGGCAUUGACAAUACUGCAAACAUGAUCAUUUUCAUGUUGUAUCUUCUGGCCAAGAAUAAGGAUGUGCAGGAUAAGUUGAGAAAAGAAUUGGACGAAAUACUAGGCAUUAAUCACGCAACCAUUUCACCGCAAUUUUUAUCUGAUGCUGUGUACCUACGCGCUGUGUUGAAGGAAACCUUCAGGCUGAUGCCGACUACGCCGAACCUUGUUCGGAUCCUUCCAGAUGAAAUAGUCAUGCACGGGUACAAGAUUCCUCCUGGCGUACCAAUAAGCUGCCAAAUGUACGUGGCGUGUCGUCUCGAAAAAUAUUUUCCACAGCCGCAGCUAUUUUCGCCAGAGAGAUGGCUAUCGUCUUCUGAUCAUCCGCCAAAUCGAUUUGCUUCGUUGCCGUUUGGUUGGGGUAGCCGAAUGUGCGUAGGACGGCGUUUUGCCGAGCAAGAAAUUCUCGUUACUGUUGCUCAGCUCGUUCGGCAGUUCGAGAUUUCUUAUCCAUCGACGCUAGAAACGAUUCACGAGUUUCUGAUCGUUCCGGUUCAUCCAACGGGAUUUUUCAUGCGGGACCGGCGAAGUAAAGCGAACAUGAACGCGGAAAAGUUAAAGAAAUUGCAAGGAGAGGUACGCAUUGGUGGUAAAGGCUCCGCUCGCCGCAAGAAGAAGGUCGUUCAUCGAGUCAAUAUCGUAGACGACAAGAAAUUGCAGUCCACUCUGAAGAAAGUCAAUUGUAAUCCCAUUCCCGGAAUCGAAGAGGUCAACAUGUUCAAGAACGACGGAACUGUGCUCCACUUCAACAACCCGAAAGUUCAAUUGGCGCUUUCAUCGAACAUGGUUGCUGUCACUGGUUCGGCCGAAUCUAAGCAGCUGGGUGAUAUGCUACCCAAAGUUUUCAAUCAACUUGGGCCAGAGCAACUGAUCAAGAUUUGCAAUUUCUCUGGACCACAAUCUCGUUCAGCUCCCGGAGCGGACGGUGACGCGACUACUACCGCCGACGAUGAAAAUGAUAUUCCGAACCUCGUGACCGACUUCGAGGCGGCGAGCAUGUACGAGCAGAAAACUACGAAGACUGAAGAUGCUUCGGAAGAAGCGGUGAAAAAAGAGGAGACGAAGCCUGAAGAAGACGCCCCGGUCGCUGCGGAAUAAUCGGCAAAUUGUAGUGGUAACGCGUGACGAAAAGACCAUCUUUCCUAUCUCUAUUCUCCGUGCGGGAUUUUACUCGUAAAAGAAAAAGAAAAGAAAAAACUGAAGAAAAGGCAAGGAAUAAACGCGAUUCCUACCGAGUCUCCCAAGUGCCUUCCCACAGGGUCGAGCCGGGUCUUGCAUUCUCUGUCGCUAUUGUUUCGCAUUCCUGGCUUUCGUUCGCGCUGUUUUGGUUGAAGUGUCGUGGAUGAGGGAAUGGCAUUGUGCGCUGCGUCGUUCCUCGUGAUGAUCAAGCAGCGAACUUCAUGAUUCCUGGUGAAGUGAGGAUAAACUUUUUCUGCCAGAGGGAUAACUUUCA